AUGGAAGAGUCAGAUAUUACAGUUUUGGGAAUACAGCCCAAUGACUAUGUAAAUGCUAUAUUGGUUCCAGAAGGAGGCCAAGUUCCUUUAGAUAUUGCAAAUUUGGCAGCUCAGGGAAUCUUUAAUGUCGUAACCGUGAAGUCUAUUCAUGACCCGAAAGUUGGCGUCAUAUUUGAUGCACGGUCAUUGAUCCACGCCCUAACCAUUCUCAUAUCUGAACAUAUGGAUAUGUGUCUCUCAGAACGUGGUCAUCUAACUGAAAAUGUAAAAGUUGUAAAUUGA